AUGCGUUUGAAGCCAGUGGGGAGAGUAUGCUUGUGCUGGGCAAGAACCAGACAGGGCGCACGCCGGGGCUUGGACCGCAGGGCAAGGGUGUGGGGUGCGCCGGGCCGGACGCCAAAGCGUAUGCCUGAGGUAGAGUCCCGGGCGAGGAACACUGGUUCCUCAGCGGUGCGUUCGCCCCAUCGCCGGUGCAGGCCUCAAAGAUGCCAGGCCUGGGCCCGGAGGAUGAGCCAAGCGUGGUCCCUGCUGGACAUGCGCAACGCUCUCUCGUGCCAAGUCAAAACGGCCUUCCGCGGUGGCCGCGCCUUUGAUUCCGAGCAGAGCACCGGUUCAGACUCUGAGGUGCUCACUGAGCGGACUUCCUGCUCCUUUGACACUCACACUGACCUGGGCCCUGGUGCUGCAGGCCCUGUGCCUGCCGCCAUGUCUUCCAUGGAAGAGAUUCAGGUGGAGCUGCAAUGUGCUGACCUAUGGAAGCGGUUCCAUGACAUUGGAACUGAGAUGAUCAUCACCAAAGCAGGCAGGAGGAUGUUUCCUGCCAUGAGAGUAAAAAUCACUGGCCUGGACCCACACCAGCAAUACUACAUAGCAAUGGACAUUGUGCCUGUGGACAAUAAAAGAUACAGAUAUGUGUACCACAGCUCCAAGUGGAUGGUGGCUGGCAAUGCGGACUCCCCUGUGCCCCCAAGAGUUUAUAUACACCCUGAUUCUCUAGCUUCUGGAGACACUUGGAUGAGACAGGUGGUCAGUUUCGACAAACUCAAGCUGACCAACAAUGAAUUGGAUGAUCAAGGACAUAUCAUUCUGCACUCUAUGCACAAAUACCAGCCUCGAGUUCACGUGAUCCGCAAGGAUUUCAGCAGUGACCUGUCGCCCACCAAACCUGUCCCUGUUGGGGAUGGGGUGAAAACAUUCAACUUUCCUGAGACCGUGUUCACCACAGUCACAGCCUACCAGAACCAGCAGAUCACCAGAUUAAAAAUCGAUCGAAACCCUUUUGCUAAAGGAUUCAGAGAUUCUGGAAGAAACAGGACCGGACUGGAAGCCAUCAUGGAGACUUACGCGUUCUGGAGACCCCCUGUGCGCACACUCACCUUUGAGGAUUUCACCACCAUGCAAAAGCAGCAAGGGGGCAGCACAGGCACUUCCCCGACCACCUCCAGCACUGGGACACCAUCGCCUUCAGCUUCUUCUCACCUUUUGUCUCCAUCCUGUUCUCCUCCAACAUUUCACCUGGCCCCCAACACUUUCAACGUGGGCUGUCGAGAGAGCCAGCUGUGCAAUCUAAACCUCUCUGAUUAUCCACCAUGUGCCCGAAGCAACAUGGCUGCCUUGCAGAGCUACCCGGGGCUGAGUGACAGUGGCUACAACAGGCUCCAGAGUGGCACUGCUUCAGCCACUCAGCCCUCCGAAACCUUCAUGCCUCAGAGGACUCCAUCCCUGAUCUCAGGAAUACCGACUCCUCCCUCGUUGCCUAGCAACAGCAAGAUGGAAGCCUACGGUGGCCAGCUGGGGUCCUUCCCCACUUCCCAGUUCCAGUAUGUCAUGCAGGCCGGCAAUGCAGCCUCGAGCUCCUCCUCACCACACAUGUUCGGGGGCAGCCACAUGCAGCAGAGCUCCUAUAACGCCUUCUCUCUCCACAACCCUUACAAUCUGUACGGAUACAAUUUCCCCACUUCUCCGAGGCUAGCCGCAAGCCCGGAAAAACUGAGCGCCUCUCAAAGCACUUUACUCUGUUCUUCUCCUUCCAACGGGGCCUUUGGAGAGAGGCAGUACCUGCCCACGGGGAUGGAGCACAGCAUGCACAUGAUUAGCCCUUCGCCCAACAACCAGCAGGCGACUAACACCUGUGACGGCCGGCAGUACGGGGCGGUCCCAGGCUCCUCCUCCCAGAUGUCCGUGCACAUGGUUUAAUGGCCAGGCCGAACAGCACGGAGCCGGGGCCCCAGAGUCUCCACGGGCAGAUCCUCCUCUUUGGGAGCCCAACGCCUUUGAAAAACGGGAACUGUGUAUUUUGUUUUCUUUUCUUUUUUUUUUUUUUUUUUUCUGGAGGAGGAAAGCACAUCCCGAAGAAGAACAAAAGACCUUUAAGCCACUGAAGGAUACUUACCAUGUGGAAUCAUCUCUGACUCAGUGGCCAUUCUCCUGCCUUCCCAAACCUUAGUUUUAUAAAGCAUUGUCUACUCUAGAGUGGCCUUUGAAGAAACUGAAUUAUCAUUUUAUAAUAAUGUUAAGGGAGAUGCUAGCAUGUAGCAGCCAUAAAAAGUUACCCCCACACAAAUACAGACCUACCUAUACGUACACACAUACAUACAUGCAUGCAUGCACACACACACAUACAUAUUUGCACACAAAGUUACCUACAGCGAUACACACACACACACACACAGACUUGGAACUGGGCGAACUCUGUGGAGGGGGGCCCAGGUGGGUGCUUUCACCAAGAAUCGGUCUAUGUACAACGCUAGAUGGACUGGGCCAGCAGUAGCUGCCAACCUUUCUCCCCUGCAGCUUACCCUGUUUCUGGAAUGAACCGUGUAUCCUGGAACCCCCUCCUACCCACAAGGGUGGACAGACACCACCACUACAACUGGACUUGGCUUCCUGAAAAAAGAUGGCUUUUGAACUUUGGCUCUCCUAACUCUGUGUUCAAUCGCUGACGUUCCCAGUGGUACCUGUGAAAAGGGAGUAAGAGUAGCCGAAUGAGAAAAGAGGAGAAGGAGUAGUGGGCAAGAGAGAGGCGGAGAGCAAGACUGAGAGAGGAAGUGUGAGCAAUGGUGAGAGUGACAACGCACCGAGGAGAUUGGGGUCGUUUCUCUCCCUCCCCCUACAGGUGAUAGAAUCAUGGCGUUACCUAGGAGUAAGCCUCUCUGGCACACUGUGCAGAGUCAGGGCACUGGAGAGAGGACCCGGGCAAGGAAUGCACUUGGAUCCCACAGCUCUGACCAGCAUGAUCCAGAAGAGGGGUGCGCUGCCUGGGAAGUGCCGAUUCCAGAGCGCGAAGCCUGGCGGGGGAGGGGGAACAGGAGUAUGAAGAAGGAAGGGUGUUAUAAUCCCGACAGAUGAUACCAAGAGCAGAGGCGACAAAUCGAGGCCUGGCCGUCUGCAUGCCAGAUCCAGACACCUGACCUGGAUUGCCUGCCCCGCAUCCCCCGGGGCAGGAGAAAUCCAGUCACGUUCCAGGGAAUUACAGAUGGGCCUUUCUGCAUCCUUCCACCUGCCCUUAGGUCUCCAUUUUUAUCAAAUAGUUUAUUGCAUUUUGAAGUUUGGGUUUUUUUCCUUCAUCUUUCCCUUUCCCCUCAAAUCCUUUAAUGUUAAGAAAACAAGUAAAGUUUGGUGCAAGCUAAACUUUUUAAGUGGUGUGGAAAUGCAAAUAAUACCAAGUAAUACAGAUAUUAUUAAGAUUUUUGGUUUUGAGGUGUUGUAGAUAAAUGUAUUUAUGUGCCUAGUGGGGAAUCCAAUAUUAUGAAUAUUAAAAAAGGGGGCAAUAAAAAGGGUAUGUAAAAUAUGUAUGAAGUAAAGGUGUAUAAAAAAUUUGCCCUUAUGCACGGAACUGUUUCUAAGUGCCAAGCACAGAAAGCCGCUAAAUAAAAUCUUUGCAAUUGUUUCCUGUGUUUGUAUGGAAAA